UUUAAUCUUUUCUUCGUUCACGGCAAUAUAUCUUUAUUAUUUCUUUUGAAAUUUAGUUGGAGCACGACAAUGACACACCUGUCAAAUACAUCAUCACAACCUGCAUGGAUCCAUGGGCCACGUCCACAGAAUUCUUAGACGACAUGGGUGACAUUUUGAGGAAUACAAUCCUUAACGCAAUUGGAGCGUGCACCGAUGCCAAAGUUCUCCACAACUUUGUCACCACAGGAGUUGUCAAUCAGGAGAACGAAGUGAUCGCAUCUUACAUCGGAGACUUCAACAAUGUUUCCAAGCAGUAUGACAACGUGGUGAAACUGAAGUUCCUCCACGACAAAGACGCCGAAAAGUAUAUUUCCAUGCAAGAAAAACUGCUUAAGGCCAGCAGUGAGCCUCAGCCAAUUGUGUUUAGAAGCAAAAGACAAAGGUUCCACGAAAUCUUCUUUGAAGAGUCCGAGUACGCUGGUGAAAAGGAAAAGUUCGAUUGCUUCGUUGGUAUGCCUUCUGAUCAUGACAAGAAUCCAUUCAUGUCUGUAAAGAUGAAGAUCAUUGAUGUUCCACGUUACGAGCACUUUGACAAGGGCGAUUACCAAGAUCACGGUAACUACUUCAUGUAUGGCGACAAGAAGAGUGUGUUCCUGUUUCACAUUCCGACCAAAAGUCCAGAUUUCUUUCAGGUGGUUCAGCUUGAUGGCGUCCCUGAUCAUGUUGGCACGGAGAAGGUGGUGGACUUGUUGCUCAGAUAUGGAACCGAGGUGGAGAUUCCGAGCAUCUCUGGUUCACCAAAGAUCGAGCGUGGAGAGGUUCAAGACCCCUUGACCAAGAACAAGUUCGACAUCUCCUUCGUGGGAAUCGAUGGUGCGGAAGUCGCGUCCGAAGUGAAAAUAGCAAGGAAAAUCUGGUUUUCUGGAACUACCGUGUAAUGGUCAGACGUUAAAUGGGACUUCGUAUGGUUCACAGACUGUGAAAUUUCCUCAAAUUUUAUCUUUGUAGACACGAAAGUCCUUUUGUAAAAGUUCACUUUUCUUUGUGAGGUAUCCCUGCUGAUGUGUAAAUUCAGUUUUGCAAAAGUCUCCGAUCUACCACUCACUGACCAAACUGGGUGGCGAUAAGGUAAUACUUAAACGUUCGGUAUAAGUAUUCCCUGCCACCAUAAUGUAAGAGU